AUGCUUGUCAGCUUGACAACUUGCAUUUAGCGAUUUGCUUGCAAUAAAAGGUUUAAUUUUCGACGAUACUGCUUUAGUUUUUAGUAUUUUUUUUUGUUACUGUUAUUUUUAAAAUAUAUUUCAUUUAAUUAUCUUAUUGAAGAAAGUCACAUUUAAUUUAUACACUCAACAAUAUGGCUAAUUAUGAUAGUACUGUCAACGAUACUAAAGCAUCGUACGACCCUGGCUGGAAUGAUCCACCGAAAUUAACUUAUAAUCCACAGCAAACAACACCAAAUCGACCACGAAAUUUUCUUAACAAAAGGGUUGCCUUCCCCUUGUCUGGUGGGACUUCCACUCCAGGACAGACUCCUCCAGUUAACUUACCUCCAUUACCUGCUAGUUCAACUCCGCCUGUACAGAAUAUGAUUAUUACUAAUCCUAAAGAAGACAUUGAUAUUGAUAGCGACUCAGCUCUAGAAGAAGUAAAAGAUAUAUUGAUCUCGUUUUUAGACUCAAGUCAAGAAUUAGGUUCCAAAGCAGCUAGUAUUAAGAAACGCAUAGAAAAUAUGGAAAAUAUGUGGACGAGUGGGAAAUUAAAUAAACAAGUUCAAGUACAAAUGAAAGAUUUGGCAUAUGCGCUAAAAGAAGACAACCCUAAUAAAGCAGAUGAAAUCCAUAAAGCUUUGAUGGUGGACCAUGUAAGUGCAGUGUCCACGUGGAUGCCAGGAAUCAAACAACUUAUAUAUCAUUGUAUUGCUUGCUCUGAACUACUCGCUAUCGAUAAGGAAUGAAGUUCAAUUUACUUUUAAGUAUUUUUUUAUUACCAAGUACAGUGGUGGACAGACACAUUGCUAAAAUAAGUUUUUUACAUUCAGUGGGAAUAUUAUUAUGUUUAUAUAUAACCUUCAUUCAGACAUGGCAAUAUUUCUUUAGCAGUGGGUAUGUAAGCAUGUAUGAAAUUAUAUUCUCGUUGUGUAGAGAUGAUGUGACAUUUGUAAACAUACAUAUAAUUUAUCUGAUUCAAAAUAUAAAAUUGUCAAUAAGAAGGCAUAUGUGCUUAACCCUAGUUAUUCUAUGGUCAGGAAAGAUUUGUUUAGGUCACAUAAUAUCCUUCAAUUGUGAAUGUGUUGCGUACAAAAUUUAACUGCCUAUAAAACUUAGUUUUUUUUUUUUCAAUAACAUUCCCGCUUUAACGACUGCCAAAACUAUAUCAAACUAACCAUUAUCUCUAUUAAUUAUGCUGUCAUAGUUAAUCUUCUAUACUUAAACACCAUUGGUGCUCAGGCUAUGAAACAGUAGUAAUUAGAUAGAUAUGAACAUUAUUGGUAAAACUAGUUAUAGUGUACAUUUAUUUUAGUUUAUUUCAUCUGUAUUCUACAUUUAAAUCAUAUAUAUACACAUCUGAAUUAGUGUCUAUAAUUUCCAUGUUAUUAUGAAAAGGUAUACUGAUUUAAUAAAUAUCCUUACUAAUGUAUUUUUGCAAUAGGUCAUUCUCAAAGGUCACUCUUUCGAAUAAGUCUGUUAUUUAAAAGGAUAGUAAUAUUUACUCAUGUUUAAAAAACUGUUUUGUGAUAUUUAAAGAUAUUAUUCUUUGCUAGAACUAAUGUACUUAUUAAAAGUAUGAUAAUAUAAUUAUUACCCAUGUUGUCCACCAUUAUACGUCUUGCUAUUGUGAUUUAAAUUUUAGUUAUAUCUUUAAGACUUAUUGGUGAUUUUUUAUAAAAGCUAGUCUAAGAUGAUUUUAAUGUGCAUAUUUUUAAAGAAGGUAGAUAUUUUAAAUUCAUAAUUUGUAAUUAAAAUAUGUACAGAUAUUGAUUAGAAAGUAUUAUGAAAAUACUUUCUUUUUUAUUUUGGGUAUUUCACCCAACAUUUCUGUACUUAGGUUAAGUACAAAGUAAAAGCCAUAUAAAAUGUAUGUAAAAUAUGAAUACAAAAUUAUUUUUAAA